AGACAUUUUUAAGUGAAAACAGUUUUAGUUUACCAGUGACCAGUGUUAUUGUUCAUCAGAGGAAAUCGUUAGGUCUAACUCAUGAUGACGAAUUCCGACUUGAAAUCCCAAACAGUAAAAAUAGAAAAGAUCACAGCAUAUGUUAAAUAAUCAAUAUAACACUCAUCUUAUUCUAAUGUAUUAAAAAGUAAGAGAUAUGGGUGAAAUAGGUGUUGUCGUAAAUGUUUGUGGGUUUGUUGAUAUUUUUAAAGCAGGCAUAUCCCAGCAAGCGACUGUUCAGCGAAAAGAAAUGGCUGAUCCAUUUCUUGGUUUCGAGUUGUUAUUAUUCAGACGAUUUCAGCAGCAACCCGCUUUAUGGUAUGAAUGGAGAGAACGCCUGAGGAGAAGAGCUGACCCAGACACAUCCGAAGAUCUAGAAGCAGCUUGUGCAAAUGAUGAUUCAACACUUAUGACUCUUGAAUCUCUAGAAGAGUUGGGUUUUGGGGUAAGUUAUAUCAAUUAUCAUUUACUGCUAGGUCCUGGGAUCUACUCAUGUCAUUACUUAGUAGAGUCUUUGGUAACUUCUUAUUGAUUGAUAUUGUCAUGGACACGAUGUUGAGUAAUUGUAACUAUCGGUACAUUUUAAUUUUAUUUACUUGACAUUGCCAUCUUGCUGCCUACGAAACCUAAUACUAAUGGUCAUGGUUAUUAAUUUGUAGGACUAUAGUAUAGGCUAUAGCCACUCAUAAUGUGACCUGGAAGAUAGAGUAUAGCAUUUUAAUUUUUUCCCACAGAUAUAUGGCAAGAAGUUCCCCCCUCUCCUCACAUAUAAGUCAUCCGAGCAUGUUAUUCAAAUCAUAAUUUUUAAAGGGUGACCUAUAUAAACACCAAAAAGCUCAUGAAAACAGAGAAAUUUAAAACUGAAAUUUUCAUUAGAGACCAGAAUUUUGAAUCUUCUCCAAGAAACUUCAACAUGACUAGAGGAAUAACUUGUGGUGUCUUAGCUUUCCAUAUAACAGAUAUCAAGUUAUAUUAUUUGGAAAUAACUUUUGGAGUUAACCACUGUCCAACACUAGUUUAUUUAACGCAAAUUUUUUACAAAGAGACUAUUGUUGGUUACAAUUUGAAUCAAGUUAAUUACUAACUUACUAGAUGGCUUUAUGUAGAUCAAAAUUAUGUAAUAGAUGGUUAUAAGUAGAUGUAGGCGUAGGUCACUUACUAGAUGGCUAUAAUAAAUAGAUGCAGCUUACUUAAUAGAAGAUCCAUUGAUUUUGGAACUAGAUUUUGUGCUAAGUUGGCUCAGAAAGACAAAUUGAAUGCAAUCACAAAUAAUAAUUCUCAAGGUAUGUAUGUAUCGCUGUAGCAUGGACUAUACUGUUUUCAACAUAAAAUUCCCAGGUUUUAUCAAGUAACUUUAGUAGAUCGGAAGUUCACACAUUGCCGCCGCCAUGGUUUGGCAGGUUAUUUCUAUUAAGUCAUAAUUUGUAUGAUAGAAUAAACCAGACCAAUUGUGUUUUAAAAACUGAAACUCAUCAGACAUUAUAAAUGUAAUUUUUUAUUAUUUUUCAUUAAUCUAAAUUCAAAUAAGAAAGGUCUUGUAGUAAAGCUUGGUUACCUCGGAACUCAGCCGUCUUAUACUCUUGUAGCAAGAGGUUGGAUGCUGUAUUUUAUUAGUUAAAUUGUAUAAUGCUCUCAUUUUUGUAAAAAUAAGACUUGUGAAAGAAUCAAAAUUGUUUGUUGGGGCAUUUAUGGAAAUAGGUUUAAUGUUAAUUUUUCUUUGAUUACAGGACAUACAACAAGAUCUUUGGUUUCUGUCUGUUAUGUUACACAGACGACCUAAGCACUUACUGGAGUUUGUUCAAGAAGAAAUUGAAAGAGAACGCUGCAAGAGAUUCCCUAAAUAUGGAGGUUGGCUUUCUUUUAAGUGAACGCUUCAUUUAACAGCCUCUUAACUAGCUAUUUAUACAAGUUAUGUGAUUAAACAAACUAAGUUGUUUUCCUCUUGCUUGUUGAUGACAUGUCAGGAAAGCAUAAUAACCGACUGAUAUCUGCUUGUUUCAGAGUCAUUGAUGAUGCGAUACUUAAAUCUGCAUAACUUCACAGUGCUUAGUCUUGACAGCAUGUUUAAAUUUGGUGAUGACAAUCGUUUACCUAGAGAAGUAAUGACUCUUUUUACUUUUGCCAGUUAGUUUUUAUGUACAGCAAAUUAAUUUACAUGUUGAUAGUUGCCAGCUUGUGGUGUCUUAUUUUAUUUUGAUAUGUUUCUGUUAUUAUUUAUUUGGAGCAUAAUUGCUUAAGAAAAUAUUUUAAAGGAUUUACCUCAAAAUCUUUAACAUAUAUUUUUUUAUGAUUAAUGGAGAAAUAUAAUGAUUCUUGAAACUUUAAGGAAAUUAUGUUGUUGGUAGCUCUUUAAUUAUUGAGAUAUGAGAUAAGCCUGAACUGUUAGGAAAUGUAUAAACAUUUUACUUUAUAAUAUUGAUUUAGGAAAGGAGUGAAGUGCAUUGUUUGGAAUGAGCCAAUAACACCAGAGAUUUGAUUAUCUGCAGAUUUUCCGAUGUCAAAAUGUGAAAUAUCUGAGCCUGAAGUACAACAGUCUGGAGUACCUGCCAUGUGACAUUGGACGCUUGGCUAACCUCGAGUAUUUGGCUCUGACUAACAACAAGCUCUCUGUCUGGUCUUUGCCAUACUCUCUCACUUUUUUGACACGUUUACACACCUUGUACCUGGGUGAGUCAUCUGUUGUAUGUACCAGCACACAUUGUACCAGGGUAAAUCACAUGCAGUAUGUGCCAACAAACAUUGUACCUUGGUUAAGUCAUAUGUUAUAUGUAUUGUAUUGAAUUAUCUUCAUAUUACCUUGAUGGCAUAGUGGCAAUCAGAGAAAUGAAACUAGGCUGAAAACUUCACAUUAUUUCCCUUUCUCCCAAACUACUUCAAAAUUGGUAAUCUACUCAUUGAUAUAUCAUUCCAUAAUGAAAUGAAUAUUGGCUGCUAAUUGGUAUCCCAUUCUAUUAAAUGGAUAUUCACGUCUCAUAUUUUCGCAUUUGCUGGUCCAACAAUUUGGAACGCCCUUCCUGUCGAUCUCAGAAACAACCAGACACUGGAGUCCUUUAAAACCGAUUUAAAGACACAUCUAUUUCGCAAACACCUUGUGGGAUGAUUGUCUACCUUAUUUUCCAGUUAAUGCAUAAUGGCUGUGUUGCUUAUGGUUGAAAUGGCUAGAAAGACUUUGACAUUGUAUGCUUGUAAUUAGUUUUUGAAGGGUUGCAUUUGUUUUAAAUGUGGUAAAUUAUAAAUUUGUUUUUUGUUGACUUUGUACCGUGCUUCGAGCCUUUGGGGAUGAAGCGUGUUUUUGAAAUGAACUUUAUUUUUAUUAUUAUUAUUAUAUAAUUGGCUGGCUGAUCUACUGAUGCAUGCUGGGUAAAGUAGUUACUAACAUGCUGAGAGCAACCAAUGAACUCGUAAUUUUUUAUGAUUUCUCAAUUGAUGACAGAUUUUUUGUUCUCCAGAUAACAACUUACUCGAUGCUCUCCCUGGAUUCCUUCCAUUUCUACCCGCCCUUGAAACAGUCCAUCGUCAUGGCAACCACAAUUACUUUAAGUCUACUUUCAUGUGGUACCACACAGAUGUCAAUCUUCGGAUAAUACCGGUGGCUUGUGAGGCACAAGUACGUGCAAGAUUUCCUUUUCAUAUUACAAUACAAUACAGUCAAACUACACAGUGACACUAUGGACUCUGUCCCACUGUCAAACUCCACCAUCAAACUAUGAACUCUGUCCCCAUGGUCAACUACACCAUGACACUAUGGACUCUGUCCCACUGUCAAACUACACCAUCAAUCUAUGAACUCUGUCCCAUGGUCAACCUACACCAUGACACCUUGGAUUCUGUCAUAUUGUCAGACUAGGUUUAUUUCUUACACUGUCAUUAUUCUUACUGUUACAAAACCACCAGCCAACUGAAGAGUUUCUAAAUGGAUUAUUCUGGAAAAUUAGAAAAAUAAUAAAGCACCUCAUUGUAUUUCCAAUAAGGCGCCAUCUUAUCCACAACAGUAUCAGUGGCUCCCCCUUCUGGCUAUGCUGCUUGUACUUAUAGUUUUAAAAUCCAACAUUGUCGUUAAUUUGGAUUGAAUUUUUUGCAUUUCCUCCACACAAAAAAUCACAUAAAUAUAACUUGUUAAUUGUAUCAUUUGAAUGCAUUAUAGAAACUUUUUAAAGUCACGCACAUGCAAAUAUUGUAUCAAAGGGGGAAUGCGUAUGAUAGCACUUUUUAGGGUUCACGCAGUCUUUGAAGGUUUGGGGAAAAAAAUAAUAAAAUUUCCAGGGCCUGAAAAGUUUGGGUAAAUUGGCAAAAAACUUCCCAGUCUUUGAAAGUUUGGGAAAAAUUAUUUUAAAAAAUUGGCGCUCAGUUCUUAAUGAUCCAUAACCCUACAAGAAAGAAAUUAGUUCAUUGGGCAUAAGAUUUCUAUAAGCCGAUCAAAUUAAUCUUAAAUGAGUAAGCCAUCACGUAGUAGCAGCACAUGUUUGGUUCGCAGAAUACAUAUGCAGACCUGUUUACGCUUAUGAUUUUAUGUAUGAUUUUUAAUUGUCUUUUACAAUUGUACGCCGAAACCCGCCAAAACUACGAUUUUCUGAGAACAAAUUAAAAAAUGUUUGUGUAAUUUUUUCCGGUUAAGAAGAAAAUUAAAUAAAUAUUCGGUUGUGGAAGUUUGAGUUUUUUUCUGAUGAAGAUCUGUCAGACUUUUACAACCAAGCCAAUGCUCAAUAUGGUACAUUCCAAUACAAACAUCAAUGAUUCCUUACAACAACCUUGAUUAAAUCAAUACAAACAUCAAUGAUUCCUUACAACAACCUAGAUUAAAUCGACAUCUAUAAAUUACUAGAGUGCAUUUUGUAUAAGCAGAUUAAUUUUGGAUGAUUAAAGUUGACUUUUCAAUGAUCUGUUGAUUGUUGCAGGCCUACUGCAAGCAUGAAAGUCUCCAGUUUUGGGCGGCCAAAGCAAUCAUCGGGUCCAAACUGAAUUUUUUCCAAGAUCCUAACAUUGUGCCAGUGUUAAAAGACUACAUCUCGGAUAUCUAUCGGCUCUUUCACAUUUGUCACCAUUGCAAUAAAGCCUGUCUCUCAAACACUAACGGUAAGUUCUUAGGAAGUCACGAUCUCAACUAACAAUAUAUAUUUUUCUUCUUUAGCAGUCACUCCAUGCACGCCGACCUGCAGGAAUCAAAAUUCUGUACAGAAAAUACACAAACAGCUGUACAAGAACUCGAAACACUGAAAUAAGCAACAUAAUGAAUGAAGGUUUCUGCAAUUAAUCAUCACUGUUUUCGAUACCUGCAAUAUUUCCCAUUUUAACAAUGUCAGGAUUUGUUGGAGAGAUGGUGACAAAAUUUGUUUCAAAUGCCAAACUACAAGUGUCAGCAUUUAUGGCAACGAGUGCCAGCAGUUAUGGCAACAAGUGUCAGCGGUUAUGGCAACAAGCGUCUGUGUUAAUUUGACACUGUAAAACUGAUGUGAUUGUUUCACCAUUUGGUUUAGUUGCCAUUAAAAGUCUGAAUCAAUCAGUUUGUGCCUGACAUACAAUUCAGAACUUUUGUGCCAGAAUCAAUCAGUUUGUGCCUGACAUACAAGUCAAUCGCUUGGUGUGUUAUAUCCUAACUUGUUUUACAACUAAGAAAAUCGCUUGGUGCGUUAUAUCCUAACACGUUAUACAACCAAGUCAAUCGCUUGGUGCCUUUUAUCCUAACUUGUUAUACAACCAAGUUGAUCCCUUAGUGCGCUAUAUACAAACAUGUUGUACAACUGCAUCAGUCAAUGUUUGCAUUAUUUACUAACAUGUUGCCUGCUGUAGCACAGCUAAGAGACAACUCAGCACUGAUUAUAUUUUAAAUUUGUUUUAAUUAAACUAUUUUUCCUUACAGGAUUCAAAGUGAUAACAUUUAAAAAUCCUUACCUUGGUAACACGUGUGUGCCGUUCCAGCACUGGGCGUGUUCACGCGAGUGUGCAAGGGCUGUUGAAAUCCCAGCAAGACUUGAGCAAAUAUCAGCUGCUCGAGAAUUGGACUUGCGCUAUGAAAACUAUAUAAAGGAAUGCAUUCGAAAAUUUUCCACCUGCCGCAGUCCCAGGAACAUGUUGUCUUGUGCUAUGUCACCAGAUCACGGCAGCUGCUGUGGUAAGGGAGGGGACAGUCCAUCCAAAUGGAGCAAUACUUUAAACAUUCCUAGGAAACAGAGGAACAGAAAACGCAACAAACGGCUUGGGCCGUCAGUCAAGUCAAAGUGUGGAUGUCUCAUUUCUUGACAGCAGCUUUGGACCAGGAUGUCUCAUUUCUUGACAGCAGCUUUGGACCAGAAUGUCUCAUUUCUUGAUAGCAGGUUUUGGACCAGACUGAAAUUGAGAUAUUUCUGUAUUUGUGAGGACUUUGUGCCUGCUAGAUUUAUUUUAAAAAAUAGUGUUUUUUCCUGGUGAUUUCAGUAAAAAGAAAAGUGUUUUUCCCCGGUAGAUAAAGUAAACAAAAGUAUUGUUUCCUAAUAACAUUGAAUUUAAAAAAUAUGGUUUGUUGCAAUAUGACACAAAAAAAACAGUGCAGGAAAUAAAUGGAAAAGAAUCAACACAUCUGUCUUUGGAGAUGAGACACAAGUGAGUUAGAUGGCAUAUGUGAGUUAUAUGGCAUAUGUGAGUUAGAAGGCAUGAGUGAGUUUAUAUUUGUCUUUACAAUUUUGAAGUCUGAAUUAGUGAAGAGCUGUGAGAAUUCAAAUUGAUUUGGUCACAAAAUUGCAAGUCUAUAACUAUCAGGACACUGAUAACCUCAAAUAUUACUAUCUGAAGUUGAUUGGUUUAAUUCUUUGUUCCAUUUACAUAGAUAUUUUUUUGAAACUUGCACUUUGUUCAUUUGAAAAGCAAAGAGAAAGGUUUGCCCCAAUCUCUACCCAGUUGGUUAGAGAAAUGUUUGCCUCAAUCUCUACCCAGUUGGUCAGAGAAAGGUUUGCCUCAAUCUCUACCCAGUUGG